UGACUUUUUGACCCUUCUAGCUAGAAAGAGAGAGAGAAGGAAGAAGGAAGAAGAAGCAUAAACGAUGUUGUUUACGAGAGGAGAUUUGCUUUCUCGAACCAGAAAGCUCGUUAAGGGUUUGGCAAAGUCCGAACCAGUGUGGCUCAAAGCCAUGGAACAAGCGCCUCCUGCAACAUUUCCUCGAGCUGAGGCAAAAAUUCAGACUAUCACUCUUCCUGAGGAUGUUUAUGUGAAGAAGUUUUAUAAAAAAUACCCGGAUUCCAAAUACCAUGAUGCCAUCAAGAUUUGUGCUUUUGAUCCCCCUCCAUCUCGUAUAUAUGGCUUGAGAGUUCUUGAAUUGAAAGAGCAGGGCGUCAGUGAGGAACAAGCAAUGGCCGUUGCCGAUAUGGAAUAUGUGGCAGAGAAGAAGGCAAAGAAGAAAGCAUAUGCCCGUUUGAAGCAAAUUGCACGUCUUCAAGGAAAGAGACUUCCUCCAAACCCAUAUCCUAGUCCUAUCAAGGAGAUACAAGCUGAGGAGAGGAAAUACGUUCGUGAUCGUUUCUUCAAUCCGAAGAUACUUGAACUUGUGAAACAAAGAAAAGCCGAGUCAAUGGAGAGAUUCAGAGGGGGUGAUUGGUGACAUUUAUAGGGGCAAAGUUACAAUAAAUGGAAACUUUGGCUCUUGAACAAAUGGGAUUUGACAAUAAUAUGUGCCAGUCAGCCACUGAAAAGUGCGUACUUCUGCUCUGAUAUUAGAUGAAGUUUUUAUUUGUCGUAUUAGAUCAAAUGCACUUGAAAGUUUUACCAAAAUUUCAUGGCAGUGUCGUUUGUUCCAGGCUACUAUGUAGGUUUGUUUGUUAGUUGCUAGUGCUUGCGUUUAGCUGAUAUCUUGUGUUUAGCUCUCUAUUUUGUUGUCAAUUUGUUCAUUAACCGGUCUUUUAUGGAGUCUCUUUGCAUAUGCCAUUAUGAAAAUGUUCCCUGAUAACAUACAUACAGAUAGGUAUUACUUGCUGCAAAGGGUUUGAUAGUAUGUGUA